UGAAAAUAAAACUGAGAAGUCCUCCAGAAUUUUUUUUUUUAAAGAAAAAAAAGGAGAGUGCCAUUGCCAAUUCUGCCAUUACUUUCCUUUUUUUUAAAAAAAAUAUUUAAUCCACUGACCCUGUUGGGGGGUGCUGCAGAAGCAACAGAGUCUUUACUCUUUUAGUCGACCAUCUGAGUUCUGACGACGGAACCGAUUUGUCACCCGGCCUGAUAGAAACCGGAUUGCCCCAUAGUCGCCGGCUGGGAAAGGCCGAACAAAUUACUUCUCCGUCUCCAAACUAACAGGAGGAUACAUCUCACUAGGCCUAGGGUAUUCAUCUCCCCGAUCAAAUUUUCCUGUCCAAUAAUUCAGUGAUCGUCGAUCUUCCUCUUGUUGCCACACCGUCAUGAAUUGCGAAGUUUGCCAGCUUAAAGAACUGGUAAGCCUUGGACCACCAGAACCUCGCCAGGAAGUGGAGCACUUUGAGGUACGCGAAGUUUUGCGAUGCAUUCUACACACUAUUUUAUUCCACAGAGCUUUAGGUCUUGUGCGGCCGAAGGAUGUUGACUUGGAGCUCUUUGACAUCACUUAUGUACAGUGUGGUGAUGUUGAACAUGAAAAGAAAAUAGAUGAGAAGAUUGACCACUUCAUUGACAGGGUGGAGAAGCACCCCAAUAAGAAAAAUCAGAUAUGUUUGUCUUUCUAUGAAGUUAAGAACAAACAGGCAACAUGGUUUACUAACAAAGUUGAGCGUCACUACUGGGAGCAAUGGUACAUAAAUUUGAAUACAGUACAACAUCCAAAGACACAUUCUGGGAAGUCUCAUCACUCCAAAGUAGUAGUUGAUCCAGGAGAAACUGCCUCAGAGGAGAGGAAUGCUCGUCGGACAGCGCUAGAAUCAUCUCUCCGUGAAGUUUUAUUUCAGAUAAUAAAAUUUGUAAAUGAGAAGAAGGAUCAUGUUCCCCCAAUUCCAAAUCUUGAUGGUGUCUCAUUUCCUUACGAGAUUACUAUCUCAAGUUCAUCAGAUUCUGCAUUUGGGAUGGAUAUGUUGAAGAGGAUGCUUCAGACUGGGCAUCCAACCAUGCUCAGCUGAUUAGCAAUGCCUUCAAGCUGGAUGAGCGUAAUAUUUACUUUGUAAGGUGCAAAUGAUUGCUGAUAUCUGAUGGUGUGAAUAUCCAUGUCCUACAGUGGUUUACAUGCCUUCAGAGAAGUGAUUUUUAUGUACUUACCAUUGCCAAUCAAUUAGAUAUCCCCUCUUCCAUACUUUUCUUGAAUCAUAUAAUUUGUCUGCCAUUUCUUCUUUUGAGAAUAUGACACCCAGUGCUGCAGAACAAUUAUCUGGCAAGAUCCGCGUUGCCUGGUGUGUCUAUAUCUCAGGUUUACCUUAAAGCUGUUGAUUUCAAUACGCCCUUCUUGGGCGCCUAACUAGUAGCUGUUCAUAUUUGUCAGCUUUGUAGUGUUUUAGUUUCUUGUAAACUCGUAAAUAUAUUAUGAAAGAGACAUCUUCAGUUUGGUGUCAUAUCUACUUCCGGCACUUAUCUCA